GCGUGCAAUGCAACAUUGUGUGCGUGAGUUGACCAGUGACACCUGUGGAAAAUUGCGUGACGCUUUUCGCCCAUCGACAUUUCACUGUAACCACGCAGUUCCCGGGAAUGGAAACUAUGAAUCGCACCAGCACGUCGACUGUGGUGAUGGCCACACCUGACCGGUAAAGAGAGCACAGGACACCGGAGGCAAGAAUUGUCUGAGAACGAUCUCGACACUCGCUCGUGUCGCUUCUCCGACUUGUGUUUUGGGGCAGUCUGACAUCGUAAUUUCACGUGUUUCGCAAAGUGCACUAAAGGAAUGUUGUCUCUCGACAUCGCGGACGAUAGAAAAUGUCAGCUACUUUUGCGAGGGUUCGAUUUCGCACGGAUUGAACCCAUGUCCUUCGAGAACUUUGCCUUGUUUUGGGUUUCACCGUGACUGUUGUUUGGAUUCGAUCCCUUGGCCUUACAUGUGUGCAGCCAUGUUCUGGGGAAUGUCAUCGCAGCCUUGCAUCUUCUUGGCCUGUGAGAGAAAACUUGGUUAUUUGUGGAGAUCGUUUUGUGAUGUGUAUGAGCGUGUGGUGAGGGCUCAGUCGAUGUGAGCAAGGAAGAAAGGCAGGGUUGCCAAAUUUUGGUUUUAAAUGGAGUAUUGGGAGCCCACUCAGAAGGUGCUGCAAGGAGAACCUCCGCUCGUGAGGCGGCCGAAGUUGACGGAAGCUUUGUUGAAGAAGCCCCCGUUUCGAUUUUUGCACGAUGUGAUUUCGGAGUUGUGCCGACAAACUGGAUUUGCGCGGGGACUCUUUACUGCAGAUGAACUUAUCUCGACAAACAUAAAGGAGAAAGAAAGCAAGGUCGCCUACUUGUGGAAAAUUGUGGACUGCGUUGGGAUAACUCUCAAUACUAAUGUUCCUGCUCGUCCCCUCAAGAUCGUUGCAGGUCUGGAGCCAGAGCAGACCAAUGUCUUUCUCCAGAUGCUUGCAGCUGCAACAAUGGUUGACAGACAACAUAGUGAAAGAGCCGUUGCUCGCGUGUUGGCCGGAGAGAAACAGCCUCCACCUUCUCACAGUGGGCUUGAGUGGAUUCAGCUCUUAAGUGAGGCUAUGACAGCUAGAGACGCGUCCCUGGCGUCCGAGCAGCAGCUACCUCAAACGCCGGAUUCAGAAAUCGAGGCCACCCAGACUAGAGACAAAGAGUCUUCAUCUACGAAAAGGCUACCUGAUGGAAGUACGAUUAUGGGGCUAACAGAUAUGGAACCAGCAUCCCAUCAAGUUCCUAAGGUGUCCAGUUCUUGCAGGUCGGGUGGGAUUUCCUCAUCCGACCAAGAACGAGUUGACGAGCAAUCUUUGAAUGCAAGUUUAGAAACCUCUCCCACUUUGCCGGAGUUCGUUCCAACUCCUCACGCGGUUCCCAGAGCUAUUUACAACCUUUCCAGCGAGCUUUCUCCUGCCUUUACCCGUAGAACGACAUCGAAAGAGAUUACUCCUAAAAUUGUACGACAGAGCAGACCAGCACCUGCACCAGGUUGUGGAUCGAACAGUGAAGCAUCGAUUAAAACAACCGCUGUCACAGAUACUUCACAGCCAUCUCCUCGUGCUCCUGCUUCAGUUGGAUUGUAUGCAAGAUCAGUCAGUGCUGUACCGUCCUGCAACGAAACCAAAGAAACAGCGGCAGUUGAAGAUUCUGUAGCACCAACCCCACGCUUGUGUUCAACUCCACGUUUUCGAGCACCUGCGGUCUGUACUUCACAAAGACCCCAGUCAGCAAGGCCUCAGUCAGCGAGGAAAGCGCCUCCAGUUGUGCGCAGUGCUUUAGACAAGGGUGGAGCCAAAGAAGCGCAAGCAACGCUGUUGGAGAGGCCUGCUUCAGCGAGGUUAAUUUGUAUGAAUGCUCCACCUUCUGAACCAGUUAGGAAGCCAAGUUUCCUUCUUGCCGCAGAGGUGAACGAGGACGAGCAGGAGAACAUGCCUAUUCUUCUACCGCCUCCAAGCAUGCAGGAGACAACAGUGCUGACCUCUGUUGAAGGAGCUGGAAAGCUAGUUCGUGAUAUACUCGAACACACGACAGAUCUUUCAGAGCAAGGAGAUGAGCAUGGAGGUUGUAGCGACGGUGCUGAGGAGACAGGCAUCAUACUGGGCCAAAUACGAGGGACGAGUAUUAAAAAAGGCGAUGUUCAAUCAAGAAAAGAAGAGAUUCGGAAGUUAAGGGAAGCUGUUCAAGUUCUAUGCCAAACUGUGAAUCCUCUCGGAAAAUCUAUUGACCACCUGCAGGAAGAUACAGAAAUCAUGAUUAAGGAGUAUCAAUUCUGGAUAAAAGAACGAGAUACGUACGCUGUCAAAGUGGAGGAAGAGAAAAGAAUCACGGAAGAAAUGCUUCAAGCUGAGUCUGGUAAAGUUCUCGAACUCGAUGAAGAAAUACGGCGCCAAAAUCAGCUCAUAAUUUCCCUCAAGGCUCAGAUUUUGCGAAAUGAUGACAAUAUUGGAAAGUUGCUGAGGAAGAUCACAAAUAAAACCAACAGAUGGAUUUCGCUCCCAUCUGGCCGAUCUGACCAAGGUGUUGCGAAGUGAAUAUCCUCUCUUGUGCGUCACCAAAGUGAACAUCACGGUACCAAGGUCCUCAUGUCAACUGUGAAGAUAUCAUGACCCUAAAGUAUCAAGUCCUAAUAUUCGCCAAAUCUCUCGUAGAUAGUAAAUUAUGUAAAAUAGGGUAUGUAAAAUAGGGUACAAUGCUGCAACAUUGCCAAGAGCUGUUCAGAGUGCCUUUUGCAAUACUUUGUACUGUUUAAAAACAAAACUCAAUGCAGAGAUACUUUGAUAAGAAACCGAUCCUGUUGGUAAACAACAUACGAUUACUCUCGUCAUUCUCUCCAAAGCUGAGUUCUGUAGAGAAGCUUAAAGUUGAAUGCAACAAAAAGGACUUAGUCGUAA